CACGAAGGUGGGACGUUCCACGAAAUUGUACCGCGCCUCUUCGAUGUCGUCGUCGGCUGCUGAUCGUUGUUGAGACGGGAAGGAGACUUGACUUUGCAGGAUCCGUAUUCGUAUUUAGGCACCGCUGGAGGCGCAUGGGGUUGAGUGUUGCUCAACGGCGAAGCUUUCUGUGGAUGAUCAAUGCCGGCGGAGAGAGCUGUCGGUCGGUUGCGAUAUGUUAGACUAUGGCGAGGCAUAGGAGGCUGUGGUAUGCUGCAGUGGAACAGGGAGGCGUUGGCGAGGGCUAUUCAGGAGGCGCCAAGGCCGCAGUGCUCCGGGCGAUUUUGCAGUGGGCUGAGAUUGUCCCGCCAUGCACUCAUCUCCAUUUUGAUUGCUCGACCCGCCCGUUCAUCGUCCAGAGCACGCCCCUGGGACCGCGACAGCGAUUCCGUCUCGUCGCUCUUCGGGCGAAACAGCCAGUCGCGGAUGCCGGCAGCGUCGUCGAGGAGGGCGCGUUUCGCUUGGGCGCGCCAUGCCGCCGCGCCUCCACGAUGCGCCUCGACAAGCAGUGGCGCGCCGCAACGUCGACGGACUCGCGCGGUGCUCGGCUUGGCCGCCAAUCCCAUCCGCCAUGGGACGCCCAAGACCGACAAGCCUCGAGGAUAAGCAACGGCUUUGCAGGGGCUCCAAGGGCUGAGCGCUGGCCCCGAAUGCUGAUGCCAAGCAGCUCCUGCGGGCGAGAUUGCGCUUGGCUGGCUGCUUAAAGGUCGCUGAGCCCCCCUAGCCGCUCACCUGCGCUGUCUGCCGCCUCCCGUCGUUCUUUGUGACUUUUUUCUCGAGUGCUGGCCGACCACGAUGCUGCCCACGACC